AUGUCAGAAACGAUUAUCCCACCUGGAGGCCAAGAACCACCGGCCGACUCCACUCGCGACUCCACUCGUACGGCCAAUGGAUCCGACAUGAGCACGGCUAAGGAAUGGUUCAAAGCCGUGCUCAAGAUCCAACACUCGGCUAUCACCCAAGCCCAGGAAGAUCGUCGCCAGGCUUUGGAGGAUCGCCGAGCGGACCGUCAACUCUUUCUUGCUGUCCACCAAGCUAGUGCAGACCGUAUCGGCCGCUUAGAAGACAUACUGCUAGCAAUGAACAUUAAGAACGAAGUCAGCGCACGGACAGAACAAAUAGCUCCGGGUCGAGUAGACUUACAGAAAUUUCGUACCUCCGAUGGUCCAACCUACCGCGGACCAUUUCAGGAGACCAAACCAUUCCUACGUUGGAUUCAUGGAGCACAGAUCUUCUUCGAGACAAAAAGUGUCAGCAAUGCGGCCGACAAAAUUAAAAUCCUCGGCAACUUAAUAGCAGAAACGAAUCUUCAGUCGUUCUACGCUAACGAAGCGUCCGGGUUCCUCAACAAGUCAUGGGAGGAAUUCAAAGCUCGCAUGUUUGACUUCGCGCUCCCUAAUAAUUGGCGUUCUGGACUCCAGCGACAAAUCCGUAAACUAGAGAUGUCGCAAACCGAGACCUUCUUAGAAUACAGCACACGAGCUCGCACCCUGCAGAGCUUAUUUAAUUUCGACGCCGAGAAGCUAUCCAAACUUGGAGAUCUUCAACUAGCUCAAUUUGUUGUAUACGGCUUAUCCGACGCCCUUCAAGACAGGAUCCAUGAACGUCAACUUCUAGAGACAUCUCCUUUCAUGUAUGGCCAGUUUGAGAAGCAAUCCAACGCUUCCUUCCUCGCGCUGCAAAGACCCAUGGGCCCAACACCGGUAACCAAAGCAACGCCUAGCGCCCCACCGACUCUCGGCCGUGACGAAUUCAUAUGGCGGGUCCACGCCUUCCUGGACUCACAAGGUCUUUGUCAUUUCUGCAAGAGACAUUGUGGCAAUGCCGCCGGGGCCUGUCCUGGGCCAAUCGACCGCUCACACAUCAACAUCCCCAAUGACUUCCAAACCCCGACUAAGCCUCUCAAUUAUGUGGCCCCCUGCGCCUGGAGCAAACCUACCACCGGCCCCGGACGAUCCUCUCAACCUCCAGCCGGCCGACCCCCAGCUCGAGCAGCAAGUGUAGCAGGUAUCGCAGAGAUAACACCGCUUGAGGCUCAUGUUGCCGGUUUGACGAUUGACGCGGCAAUCAGACAAGAUUCCCUUAUGGACCAUGAAUUCGACGACGAGGGUUGUUUCCCAGCCCUGGGGACAGCAGCGGUAGCUGCACUAGAGGAUCUCGACAACCAGCUCUUACAAAAUGAAAUUGAACAGGCUACUCAAGCUUCCAACAGUUGGACGGGCAACUUGGCUGAUGACAUUGCGGGUUGCUAA